AUGGCGACUCUUUCUGAUACUCAGCUGGAAUUGCUUACGAAUACGUUUCUUGGGAAGUUUUUAGAUCUGAAGCCAAUGUCUGUUCAACCUCAACUUCUACAUUCUUUGUUGCUGCGUGAAGUGAAGCAUCCAAAUAAUAGGGAAUUAUGGUUUAAAGUUGCUGGAUAUAAACUUCGUUUCAGCAUCGAGGAAUUUGCUUUGAUUACGGGGUUAAACUGUGUUGGCGAACUGAACGAGCUCUCUUUUGCUCCGACACACAAUCGGCUGGUAGAAACCUAUUUCCCUAAUUCAGAUGUUACACGUGAUGGAUUGGGCGUUAUUUUCUUAAAUAAGUCUUUCAAGUCUGAUCAUGAUGCGGUCAAGUUGGCUGUAAUUUACUUAUUUGAGUUCUUUUUGUGCUCAAAUGAAAGUAAAUAUCAGCAUGUUAGUCGUUUCUUUAUGGAUAUGGUUGAUAGUGGCGACUAUAAUUCAUAUUCGUGGGGCAUCAUGGUCUUCCGAUCUACCAUCUCUGAUAUGAAGAAUAGGUUUGUUUCAAGUAAAAAGCUCAAAUUUUACAGGCUGCUUAGUUUUCCGUUGGCUUUGCAACUAUGGUUUUACGAAGUUUGUCCUGCUGCAAAGAUGAAGAUCUGCCUGAGCAAUGAUGAAGGACCAUCAAUUCCUCGGAUGCUGAAGUGGGAAACCAAUGAUACGGUUCUUAGCAAUCGAUAUAUAAAUGAGACUUUUUAUGAUCUGACACGUGAUGAGACAGUUAAAGUUGAAGAUAUUGUUUUGACAGCAGAAGAAAGAAGCUUCCUUAACAUUUCUGGAUUUUUUCAAUCUACAAAGAAGAAAAUUGUUGAAAAUUUGGAUGAUUCAACAGAUGAUGAAUUGCUUGCUGGUUUUUUGAAAUGUAAGAAAGUUGAAUCGUCGCGACAAAGGAAAACUUUUAAGCACUUGAAGGGUCGAUUGGAUAUAAUCGUGUCGAGUCAAUCGAAUUUGCAAUCUGAAGUUACUUCUCUAAAGAAGGAGAUUCGAAUCGUAUCUGCUGAAAAUUUACAACCUGCAUUUACUGAUGCUGUUGUUAAUGAUGGUGGUGUAGAAAAGGAGAUCGCUGAUGAAGAGAAUGAGGAUGAUAACUAUGAGUAUGAGGAGGAUAAUCAUGAGUAUGAGGAGAAGGAAGACGAUGAGGAGAAGGAAGACGAUGAUGGAAAGGAAGACGAUAAGGGGAAGGAAGAGGGAAAGGAAGACGAUGAGGGGAAGAAAGACAAUGAUAGAGAGUAG